AGUAUAGUCUGCUUGUGCCGAUUGCGAAAAGUUUGCUACUGUGAUUGUUUAACCUACUCCUGGUAAUUGUUUAACGAUCAAUAUUUGCUUGUCAUGGAGUCCAGUUGGUUCACAGGUAAAAUUGCAACCAGUUAUGUAACGACCAAAGAGAAACUUGACGAUCCGGUGACUGCGCCUAUUAUAAACGAGUUUGUAAGUGAACGAACUGAAGAUAGAACACGGAGAUCAAUUAUGAAUGAAAAGGGUCGUUAUAUCUUGGAUGAAAGAGAACUUGGUGGAAACAACCCAUAUGCUUACAUUGAGCGAAACGUGGUGUUGCAAGAAGCGAGAAUUUUCCAACAGACUCCAAUUAACCCAAGAAAAUGUACGGAAAUAUUGACCAAGAUAAUUUACCUUAUUAACCAAGGAGAAGUGAUAACUACAAACGAAGCAACAGAAACUUUCUUUGCCAUGACAAAGCUGUUCCAGUCUAAUGACGUGAUUUUAAGAAGAAUGUGCUAUUUGACUAUCAAAGAAAUGUCAAAAAUGACAGAAAAUGCAUUCAUUGUAACACAGAGUCUCACAAAAGACAUGAAUGGGCGUGAAGAUAUUUUCCGAGCUGCUGCAGUUCGUGCUUUGUGUGCAAUUACUGAUCAUAGCACACUACAAGGCAUUGAAAGAUACAUGAAACAAGCCAUUGUGGAUAAGGUUCACUCUGUAUCAAGUGCGGCAUUGGUGUCCUCGCUCCAUCUGACUAAAGAUGCGUUUGAUGUGGUAAAACGAUGGGUGAAUGAGGUUCAGGAAUCCUGCUCCAACGACAGCAUCAUGGUGCAGUAUCAUGCUCUUGGUCUGUUGUAUCAUCUACGGAAAAAAGAUAGAUUGGGAACAUCCAAGAUGGUGAGCAAGUUCAUGAAAUCUGGAUUGAAAUCUCCAUUUGCAUACUGCAUGUUGAUCAGGAUAGCAAGCAAACUGCUGGAAGAAGAUGAUGCAGGCCAUGAUAGCCCUCUGUUCAACUUCAUUGAGAGUUGUUUAAGAAACAAACAUGAGUUGGUGAUAUACGAAGCAGCGUCCGCCAUUGUCAACAUGCCAAACUGCUCUGCACGAGAAUUAGCUCCUGCCGUUUCUGUUCUUCAGCUCUUCCUCAGUUCACCAAAGCCUUCUUUUAGAUAUGCUGGUGUGAGAACUCUUAAUAAGGUUGCCAUGAAACACCCAUCGGCUGUUACAGCUUGUAACUUGGACUUGGAGAAUUUGAUCACUGAUGUCAAUAGAAGUAUUGCUACUCUUGCUAUUACUACUUUGUUGAAGACUGGAAGUGAAAGCAGUGUUGACCGUUUGAUGAAACAAAUCACUUCGUUUAUGUCGGAAAUUUCCGAUGAAUUUAAAGUGGUUGUCGUCCGUGCAAUAUCUGAUCUGUGUCAGAAAUAUCCUCGCCAACAUGCUGUAAUGAUGAACUACCUUGCAUCUAUGUUAAGAGAUGAGGGUGGAUUUGAUUACAAGAAAGCUAUUGUAGAAUGUAUUAUUUCUAUCCUGGAGGAAUCAACUGAAUCUAAAGAAAGUGGUCUUGCUCAUCUGUGUGAGUUUAUUGAGGAUUGUGAACAUACUGUGCUUGCUACCAAGAUCAUUCAUUUGCUUGGUAGAGAAGGCCCAAAAACUCCAAAUCCAUCGAAAUAUAUUCGGUAUAUUUAUAAUCGAGUGAUACUUGAAAACGAAGCUGUAAGAGCAGCUGCUGUUUCUGCUCUUGCUCGUUUUGGAGCUCAGUGCGACGAUCUUCUUUCCAGCAUCCUCUCUCUUCUCUCAAGAUCAAUGAUGGAUGAAGACGAUGAAGUUAGAGACCGAGCAACAUUUUACUUCCACACACUUCAACAGAAACAGAAGGCACUCAACUCAGUGUACAUCUUAAAUGGACUUGCUGUGUCAGUACCAGCAUUAGAAAGAUGUUUGCAACAAUAUUUGAAGGAACCUUCCAGUGAAAAAUUUAACAUGAAAUCUGUUCCAUUAGUUUCAAUACCUGAUGGGGAACCAAAAGCAGACUUAA